AUGGCGCUGCGACGAGUGCUGCUGUUCUCCAGCUCCAAGCAGACGCGUGCCUUGGUCUCUAUCGUUACCCGACACCCGCUGCGUCUUCGCUUUUAUUCUUCCAAAACGAUCAAGGACGAAGAUGAUGUGGUCACGCUGAACCCGAAUCACGGGACAAGCACCUUUGUAGCUACUGGAAUCGGUCUUGACGACGAAGAAGAUGACGACGAAGAGGACGACGACGUGGCCUUGGGUCCAUCCGGGGUCGAAUACGGUGGACCGAUGCGUGGAGGAAAGCUGAAGGAACCCACGAGGUUUGGGGAUUGGGAACGGAACGGUCGCUGCUCGGACUUUUGA